AUGUCGGGACCUUCUGAGGAGUUAAGCUUGGAUAUUUUUGUCUUUUGGCUGGGAUCAUCUGUCCUAAGCAUAACCCAUUUGUUACACGUGAGACGGGACAGAUUUGGUUUUCCUUUGUGUAGGACCAUUGGCAGCAUCACUUAUUCUGAAACACCGACAAUUCCCUCUGAAUUUUUGUCUCUUUUACUUUUAACCUUAGGGCAAGAUGUCCAUGGAGCCUUGGAAAAUCCCAUGGUGGAUACAAGCCUGUUGGAAGAAUUUAUUAGUAGUGACAUAGAGUUUGGAACUUUGCAAAGCCAGUUGCCAGACUCCCCACCAGACUCUGGAUCAGAACCAUGUUCUCCACCACAGCUACAAACCCCAUGGUGUGAUGCUCUGCGGCCCAGUGGGCUGCAGCCUCCAUUCCCGUGCCCAUCUGUCGUGGCACCCAGCAAGCUUCCCUGUGGGUUCAUGGAGACUUUCUCUGACCCCAGUGCCAUGGGCUAUCCUUGCACCAUCUCCCAAGGCUGCUGCCUGAAGACAGGAAAUGCUGUGACUCCAUGGAAUCAUUCUACAUCCUCCAGCUGUUUGGGUUUUAAUUACUCAUACUUCCAGCCUAGUGCAUCUCAGAUUUCUGGUAUUUCUGCAGCAUCAAGCAAAAAAAGGAAGCUCUCCCAGUUACUAGAAGAUGGGAUUGAUUCUCCAGUGCAGUCUCAGGAUUCCAGACAAGCAACUGUAAAAGCCUAUGCUGCUGAAAUGCAAGAAUAUGACAGUGAUGGACAAAAUGCAGCUUUAGAAAAAUGCUGUCAAGCUCUUACAUGGCAACUAUAUCAAACUUCUCAGUGGAGCAGCUUAUUUGGCUCAAAUUAUGAAGAACUACCUGCUGUAGGAUAUCACAUUGUCACAGAUAAAGGAUUUAAUUUUUCAACAGCAGAUGAUGCCUUUGUGUGCCAAAAGAAGAAUCAUUUCCAAAUCACAGUUCAUAUUAGAAUCACUGGACAUCCGAAAUAUGUCAAAACUCAGCAGGGGAGGAAACCAAUAGAAAAGUUUUACUUGAAAGUUUAUGGAAUUAAGGCGGAAACUCCAAAUCAAACAAUUGCUAUUGAACAAUCUCAAUCAGAUCGAAGCAAAAAGACUUUUCAUCCUGUUAAAGUUGACCUGCCAGGGGACCAGAUAACUAAAGUAACACUGGGACGGCUGCAUUUCAGUGAAACAACAGCAAAUAAUAUGAGAAAAAAAGGGAAACCUAAUCCUGAUCAGAGAUACUUCAUGCUGGUAGUUGGACUGUAUGCUGUCUCUCAGGACCAGUUCUACUUACUCUCUGCAAAUGUCUCUGAAAAGAUCAUUGUGAGGGCAUCUAACCCCGGGCAGUUUGAGAAUGACAGUGAUGUCCUGUGGCAGCGAGGACAUGUUCCAGACACCAUAGCCUAUCAUGGUCGAGUAGGAAUUAACACGGACGCCCCAGACGAAGCGCUGGUUGUCUGCGGGAACGCCAAAGUUAUGGGCAGAGUCAUGCACCCAUCUGACAGCCGAGCAAAGCAGAAUAUCCGCGAGGUCGAUACAAAUGAGCAGUUGAGAAGAAUAACACAAAUGAGGCUGGUGGAAUAUGACUACAAGCCUGAAUUUGCAUCUGUUAUGGGAAUAAAAGAUACCCAUGAAACAGGAAUAAUAGCCCAGGAAGUGAAGAGGCUUUUACCUGAAGCUGUUAGAGAAGUUGGAGAUGUUGCUUGUAAUGAUGGAGAAAAAAUAGAAAACUUCCUCAUGGUUGACAAGGAUCAGAUCUUUAUGGAGAAUGUUGGUGCUGUAAAGCAGCUUUGUAAGCUAACAAACAAUCUUGAAGUCAGAAUAGAAGAAUUGGAACAGUGGAAUAGGAAACUGGCCAGACUGAAACGGAUUAACAGUUUAAAGUCAACAGUCAGUGAAGAAAGCAAAGUCAGCAGGUAUAGUCGAGCUAAUAGUACCUUGCCAUCAAUAAAAUCAGUCCCGCUAAAAUCCAGGAAGGUUUGUUUGUCAAAGACCAAAGAAUCUUGCUCCGUGAAGAUUUUCCGGGUGACUAUAAUAGCUUUGAUUGCUAUUAUGGCACUAUGUGCCUUGACAAUAUGGAGCCUAUAUUUACUUAGCAUUCAUGACAGCCGUUUUGAAAAGCAUCCAGUUUACAGGCAAGUAGUUAAAUUACCAUUAGUGAAUUCAAAUUAG